GGGAGCGCCUUUCAGCCAUCGAUUGCGACGCCGCGGGCCGACUGGCGACAACUUUCUUGACAUUUCUCAAUUUCCGGGGGGGCCAUUCUAAUUCUUCCUUCUCCAGAUCCUCUCUCCAACCCACUUACCUCCCGGACUUUCUCCCCAGCCUCGUCGCCAAUCCACCAUGGUUGCCCGUCCGGCCCUCCGAAGGGCGAUUCCCUCGUCGCGAACGCUCUUACACGCCGAAUCCCGGAUAUUACGGUCGUCCUUCUCGACAACCCUCCAGUUGCAACAAAAGCCCAACAACAACAACAACAACAACAACUCAGUACCCGAAUAUGCCAUUCCCGAUCCUGCGCGUCCUACCCACUUCGGCUUCGAGACCGUCACCGAGGCCGAGAAACGAGAGCGCGUUGCUGGUGUUUUCACCAGCGUUGCCGAGUCGUACGAUCGCAUGAAUGAUCUCAUGUCUUUUGGCUGGCAUCGCGUAUGGAAGGACCACUUCGUCGCCUCCCUCAACCCCGGCUUCUCCCCCCUCACUUCCUCCUCCGACCCCCGCGCCCCUCAACACAUCCUCGACAUAGCCGGCGGCACCGGCGACAUCGCCUUCCGGAUGCUGCACACGGCGCACAUCCUCAACGGCAACCCCGACGUGCGCGUGACCAUCUCCGACAUCAACCCCGCCAUGCUCUCCGUCGGCAAACAGCGCUCCGCUUCCCUGCCCGCCAGCCAACAAGCCGCCCUCUCCUUCCUCGAAGCCAACGCCGAAGACUUGACCCAGACUAAACCCCUGGGCGCCAACCAGGUCGGCUACUCCCCCACCACGGGAGUCCCCGAUGAGUCUGUCGACCUGUAUACCGUCGCUUUCGGUAUCAGAAACUUUAGCAACAUCCCCGCCGCCUUGCGCGAGGCUUACCGCGUGCUCAAGCCCGGUGGUGUCUUUGCUUGUUUGGAGUUCAGCAAGGCCGAUAAGCACCCGCUUUUCAACACCAUUUACAAGCAGUGGAGCUUUAGCGCGAUCCCGCUGAUUGGACAGUUGGUAGCGGGGGAUAGGGAUAGUUAUCAGUAUCUGGUGGAAUCGAUCGAAAGGUUCCCGAGCCAGGAGGACUUUAGGGAUAUGAUUGUUGAUGCGGGUUUCGUGGUUGGUGGACAGGGGUAUGAGGAUUUGACGGGUGGUGUGGCAGCGAUUCACAAGGGCAUGAAGCCUAGGCGGAAGUGAAGGGGGGGGAGUAAGAAAGAGGGUGGUGGAUUGAGGUUUGAGAGAUGCAUGAUAGACGGAAAGAAAGAAGGUUAGUUGGUGGUGUUGGUGGCCUUUGCACGAAGAGGUGAUAAACACCGGGAUGAUCGGGUGCAGUGGUUG